CGGAGCCGUUGAGUGAAGGAUAUGUCAGUAGCGUGUAAGCAGAUUACGAGACGAACAUGUUCUAGCCUCGUGUGCGACAUCCGGUCCAGCAUGGCGCUCACCGUCUUCGAGAACAAACUUUUCCUGUUUGUUGCGUUGACGUCGCUGAUAAAUGGAUGCGUCGCCUCCAAGAUAUUGGUGGUUGUUCCAGCGCCUUCCAUCAGCCACCAAAAGCCGUUCCAUAUCUUGACAAAAGCUCUGCUGCAAAGGGGACACCAAGUAACUCUAUUCACUGCAAAUCCUAUGAAUAUGUUGCACGAAAACCUGACGGAGAUCGACCUAUCUGUAGGCUACAAGAUAUUCAAGGAAGUGGACCUGGUAGAGGCGGCUAGGCAGACGCCUGUGGAGUCCCUCCCACUCAUUCGAGAGCCUGCAAAAACUUUUGUUCGUUGGCAGCUUAGCGAAACCGCUGUACAAGACUUCAUCAAGGGGAACCACACGUUUGACCUGGUCAUCAUGGAGCUCAUGCCGUUCCAGGCGUUCUACGGCCUGGUCCACAAAGUGGGAUCUCCACCGUUGGUCGGAAUGAUUACGCUGUCUGCUUUCGCACCCAAUUACCUCUCCCUGGGAAACCCAAUGAAUCCAGCAUACGUGCCAGACGUCUGGGUCGGCUACUCGGACCACAUGAACUUCUGGCAGCGCCUUUACAACACAUACUUCUACCUCGUGUUCUAUUACACGUGGUACUUCGAUAUACUGCCGAACCAGGAGGCCAUCCGGAGGGAAUAUUUUGGACCAGAUGGACCGUCAGUGUACGACACAAACCGUAACUUCAGCCUCUUCAUUCUCAACAACCAUUUCGCUACGGAAUACCCCCGUCCGCAUCUACCCAGCGUCGUAGAGAUAACUGGAAUUCACAUUGAGGCCCAGGCCACGCCACUGCCUAAGGACAUCCAGGAGUUCAUGGACGGAGCGGAACACGGAGUGGUCUACUUCAGUCUCGGCUCCAACGUCAAGAGUAAUUCGUUGCCUUGGGAGAAGAUACAGGCCUUCCUGGAUGCGUUUCGAGAGCUGCCGCAGCGAGUCCUUUGGAAAUGGGAGAACGACUCGUUGCCUGGACAACCAGAUAAUGUUAUGAUCAACAAGUGGCUGCCACAGCAGGGUGUCCUAAGUCAUCCGAAGGUCCGCCUCUUCAUCACGCAGGGAGGUCUUCAGAGCAUGAACGAAGCAACGUACCACGCAGUCCCGUUUCUUGCCAUCCCGUUCUUCUCUGACCAGGCGCACAAUGCAGCCAAGAUUGCGCAGGCGCAGCUGGGAGUCAGGCUGGACUUCGAGGACGUCACGAAAGAAACAUUGCUGCGCAGUUCGCGUUCAGUUCUGGAGGAUCCAAAGUACAAAGAAAACAUGAGGAGGAUGUCAGCAAUAUUCCGCGAGCACCAGGCUGACUCUUUGGAGCGCGCCGUGUGGUGGGUGGAGUACGUGAUACGUCACAAGGGGGCCCCACACAUGCGCAGUGCUGCCCUCGACCUGCAUUGGUGGCAGUUUCUGCUGCUCGACGUCAUCGCCUUCAUUCUGGUGGCAGCGACUGCGGUAGCUGGUGCCACGUUCUACCUCGUGCGGGAAGUGAUGGUGACGGUGAAGAAGGGUUUUAGACAGAAAGGAAAAAAGCAGUGACAGAUCCUCUGUGUUCUCUAACAAUAGAAUCCUAGUACACUUCAUCAGUGCUUGCGCCCAUUUCACAGCAUUCUUAUUUAAUUUUUGGACUGGAGUAAGUUAUUGUCUCAUAGAGCGCCUAGGAGUGUCCGUGCGUACAAGGGAAAAAUACCAUAUGUUAUUGUGAUGAUUUGAACACAAGAAAAAUAGUUGCUGUUUGAUUGCAGGAAAUUUUAUGUAUACAAAUGCAAACAAUUUAUUGACGGCCUGCUUAAAUGUUCCAUAUGUGUGCGAUCACGCUAAGAUAAUCAUCAUUAACCGUUCUGUGAUCUUUCUUUUAUAGUACAUCGUUGUACUUUUUGUAGUACACUGUUGUGUGUAUUCCCAUUGGACUACCACAGUUGAUACACAAGUUCAAGGGGAAUUUUCUAGAGUUCUUUAAGGGGUGAGUAGUGUUACUGCACAGUUCUGAUGCAUUACGCACGUUAGUCAUCAGGUAUCAAGUACAGGUAAAUUCUUUUCCGUGAACAUACAAUGUACUAUACUUAUCUUGGAAUAAAAUUCU